AUGAGGAGGAUGGAUUAUUUGGCCAUGAAAACUGAUCAAGAAUUGCUGAAUGAAGAUUUCAACGAACUGAAAAUGGCUGCCAAGAAACUCAUCAGUCAUGCUGCAAAAUUGGGUGGGCUAGGAUUUGGGACUUCUUUUCUCAAAUGGGUUUCCUCUUUUGCUGCCAUUUAUUUAUUGAUCUUGGACCGGACGAACUGGAAGACAAACAUGCUGACUGCUCUCCUAAUUCCUUAUAUUUUCUUUAGUUUUCCUUCCAUAUUGUUCAACUUUUUAAGGGGAGAGGUUGGAAAAUGGAUUGCAAUCAUUGCAGUUGUUUUAAGGCUUUUCUUUCCCAGACAUUUCCCAGAUUGGCUUGAGAUGCCUGGUGCUUUGAUUCUUCUUCUGGUGGUUGCUCCAAAUUUCUUUGCUCAUACUCUUAGAGAUGGCUUGGUUGGCGUUGCUAUAUGUCUUGUCAUUGGUUGUUAUCUUCUGCAAGAACACAUUCGAGCAUCUGGUGGAUUCCGUAACUCCUUCACACAAAGCCGUGGCAUUUCAAACACAGUCGGGAUUAUUCUCUUGUUGGUAUAUCCCAUAUGGGCUCUGGCUGAUAUUAAGGAAUUGGCUCAGAAGUGUACUGAUGUUGCUAAGAUUACUGGUUUUGCUCUAGCCACUUCUGCACUUGUUGUUUCGUGCCCAACCAUUGAUGGAGGUGUUGACAGUUUUACCUUUAAAUCGGGAAAAUAUAAUGCCAAGAAAUUCUGCUUAGAGCCAACAUCAUUCACUGUCAAAGCGGAUGGUGUAAACAAGAAUGCCCUACCCGAAUUCCAAAAAACAAAGCUCAUGACCCGUUUAACCUACACCCUUGAUGAGAUUGAAGGACCCAUUGAGGUUUCACAGGCUGGAAUCGUCAAGUUUGAGGAGAAAGAUGGAAUUGACUAUGCUGCAGUUACAGUACAGCUUCCUGGGGUGGGGAGUUUCCUCGUACCAUCAUACCGGGGUUCAUCGUUUCUUGAUCCAAAGGGACGUGGUGGAUCUAGUGGUUAUGAUAAUGCUGUUGCACUGCCAGCUGGAGAAAGGGGAGAUGAGGAGGAGCUCGAGAAGGAGAACAUCAAGAAUGUUUCAUCUUCAACUGGAAAGAUUACCUAG